AUGGACGAGCAAGGACUCCAGAAAAAGGUUAACUUAUUACCGAAAGUGGAUGAAGAACUGCAUGUAAGAACAAUUUUCGAACCGGUUAAUGUAGAAGCUCGUCCAGCAAAAACGAAACCAAAGAUACGUAGCAAACUGAAAUGGAAGGAAGAUGUUGAUUUAAAGGAAAAAACGGAUGAAUCGAAGCAUUCCAUUACUAAUUCCGAUAAAGUAAUUGAAUUGCAUAUGAAGGAUAAGAAAGAAACCGGUCAGGUAAAGAUAGCAACGAACGAGAAAUCAAGAAAGAGUAGAGAUAAAACUGAUGAACAAGAACAAUCAAUUCUAUUGAUAAUUGUUCGAAAAAUUCUAGAAGAAAUACUUAUCUGGCUUAUUAUUAUCAUCAUUCUUAUCAUUAUGCGAUUUCGGAAUUCCUGA